GGGUUCAUGUGAGCUUUCUUCGAAGAGAAUUUCCAUAUUCUAAUCUCUUAUCUUCUUCUCUGAUUAUGUUUUAGAACUGAAAUCGAGUUCGAGUUCGAGUUCGAGUUAGAUUUGAGUCUCGUCUUUGGAUUUCGGUUGUUUUGGAGGAUCGAAAGACGGGGAGAGAGCAGCAAUGGCGGAAAUAUGUUGUGUUGUCGGUGAGAGUGAUUCGGCAACGUCGUGUGAGCCUACUUCACGAGCUGCGAGGCGACGGAGAAUGGAGAUCCGUAGAUUCAAGUACAUAGCAGGCAUGGCCUUACCACCGAAAGAUGGACGGAAACGCUUGAAGCUAGAUGUUUAUUCGGAUUCAUCACCGCGAGAGUGCGAGAACGUAGUUGGGAACUGUGGUGGUGCUUUGGAGGUUCUGCAACAUCGUUUGGAUUCAGAGGCGGAGAACGAAUCAUCGGAAGCGACCGAGUUCUCCAAUUCGAUUUCGAGUGGGUCGCCGGUGCGAUCGUCCUUAAGUCCUUGUAGUCCCUCGGAUACUGUCCCGAUCGAGCCGGUGAUGUUAGAACAGUGCCCCAAGUACGGCAUCACAUCCGUGUGUGGCCGAAGAAGAGAUAUGGAAGAUGCAGUGGCAAUUCAUCCCUCAUUUUGCCGGCGGGAUAGUCUGCAUACCUCUGGAAUGCAUUUCUUUGCCGUUUACGAUGGUCAUGGAUGUUCUCAUGUAGCGAAAUCUUGUAAAGAGCGAAUGCAUCAGCUAGUGAAAGAAGAGCUGGAGAAUCGGGAAGUAACUACAAUAGAGUGGAAGGAAACGAUGGAGCGAAGUUUCUCUCGUAUGGACAAAGAGGUGUCGGAAAAAAGUAGCGAUGUACCAAGGACGAAUUGCAGGUGCGAACUCCAGACGCAAGAGUGCGACGCCGUAGGAUCAACUGCAGUGGUUGCCAUCGUAACUCCGGACAAGAUCAUCGUCACUAACUGUGGUGAUUCUCGUGCCGUACUGAGCCGUGCUGGAAAGGCCGUUCCGCUCUCCACUGAUCAUAAGCCCGAUCGGCCGGACGAGCUUGCCCGGAUACAGGAAGCCGGAGGGCGGGUAAUAUACUGGGAUGGACCAAGAGUUCUUGGAGUUCUGGCCAUGUCAAGAGCAAUAGGAGACGAUUACUUGAAGCCUUUCGUGAUAUCGGAACCGGAGGUGACGAUAACUGAUCGGACGGAAGAAGAUGAGUGCCUGAUACUGGCGAGCGAUGGGUUAUGGGACGUAGUGUCCAACGAUACCGCCUGUAGUAUUGCACGGAUGUGCCUCUCUGGCCAAGCUCCGUCACCUCCUUUGUCUCCGGCGGGAAAUGGAGUCGUCGGCGACAAUUCCUCCGAUGCCUCCAUGUUACUGACUAAGGUGGCCCUUGCUAGGCAUAGCACGGACAAUGUCAGUGUGGUCGUUGUCGAUCUCAAGAAAGACGCGUAGCUUGACAGCUUCAGAUUCUCUCGAGUUUCUUUUUUUUUUUUUUUUUUUUUUUUAUUUGAAUUAGUACAGUGUGGUGGUAAUUUUGUUAUCUCACCGGCUUAGUUAGGAUUUUUUUAGGGUUUUUUUUUUUUAACUUUUAAAUUCCUUUUCUGGAUUGAAACUUGGAAAAUCCUCCAGGGAGAAAGGAAGGAAAAGGAGAGGGAGGGGGGGGGUUGGUUACGGUAAUUUGUAAUUAGAGAGAUUUCAAAUGGACAAAAUCCAUGGAAAUAGAGAGAAGAAAUAGUG